AUGGUUAACGGAUUAAAUUUAACAGUUCAAACAGAACAAAUAACUGUCCUGAUACCUCCACCAUCGACGAAGUGUGAACAACCAGAGUCAGGCUACGGUUCUUCGGCAUCAUCAUCGAUCGGUCUUUCACAGAUCAGGCGCCCAAAAUCUUCGAAAUGUAAAACAGCUGAUAAAAAGCCCAUGUUGCCAAUUAAUUUGAAGCAUUCAAAAGCAGUUGACGAUAGCUUGAUAUUAAAGAAAAGUUCAAAGUCUCCUCAAGUUCGUAAUUCUCUUAUCAAUGGUUCUUCACGUUUAAAGACAGCGAGCUCCAGAAUAUCGGUGGAUCAGUUACCAUUCGCAGGAAUGAAACCUAUUCAGAUCAAAGUGACUACUAAUCGAAGUCGUGAUCAAACAAUGCCUUCAAAAUGUCAGCAAGAAAAUGUUGCAAAUUAUUCUGAUGACUGGGAAUCGAAUGAUUCGGAUGAUUGGGAAUCCGACACUGAGGUACACUCGAGACCUAUAUUUGUACGGGCACAGUCUGCAUCUCGAAACAUCUCUAUAUCGAAUCGUUUGGAUACGGAAAAUUCAAUGGAAGACGCCAGUCAUUUGCUGCCCAGAGGUGAAUCAAAUGUGGCUAAGUUUAAAAAUGUAUUUCAAUCUGAAAAUUAUUUAAAAUCAAAUCCAAACGAAACUCAACAACGGAUACAAACUUCGAACAGCUCUCCGUCAGCAAAUCAGUCAAAAAUAAAUACAAAAGAAACGGAAACAUCUCACAAUACGAGUAAGGAAGAUUUGAAACAACCGGAAAAUGUUGUAAAUUUAUCAAAUUGUCCUGAAGCUCGAAAUGAGAUGGAAUCGAAUGUAGAAGAAGCGUCACAAUCAAUCGAGGCGAAUACCAUAAAUCUAAUACCAUCUGAUCCUAAUGCUUUUGAUGCAACUUUUUGUCAGCAACGUCAACGAGCGAUCGACGAUAUGUCAUAUCGGACUGCUGUCAAGAGUUGGAAAGCAGAUAAAUUUCAUGAUGUUGUUAAGCUUAUACUCGAAUUAUCAUCCGGUAAAAGUUUGAUCGAUCGAGCUUGGAUUGUUUUCUAUUGGGUUUCUCAAAAUAUUGAAUACGAUAUUCAAGCUUUUUUCAGUGGAAAUAUCCGACAUCAAACUGCUGACGAUAUAUUUACGAAUCGAAAAGGAGUUUGUGAUGCUUUUGGAACGAUCUUUAAAACUUUAUGCACUGGAGUGCAACUUGAAUGUGAGAAAAUUAGUGGUUAUGCCAAAGGAUAUGGUUUCCGAGCGGGUCAAUCGAAAUUCAGUAGUACGAAUCAUGCUUGGAAUGCAGUUCAUCUUUAUGGUCGUUGGUAUCUUGUUGAUUCGACGUGGGGUGAAGGUCAUUUAGAUAGCAACAAUCAUGGUGUCAAAGAGCUAAAAACAUUUUACUUUCUAGUUAGACCAGAACAAAUGAUAUACAGGCAUUUCCCUGAGAAUACAAAAUGGCAAUUAUUGAGAUCACCAAUAUCUAUGAAUGAUUUUCUUCGUCUUCCUGAUGUUGAACCAACUUUUUUUGAAUUAGGCUUAGAUCUUGUCUGUCCACAACAGUCUAGUACAGUACCAUUUCAACAAACUUUAGGAAUUGCUGAAGUACUAUUACGAGCACCGCCCAAUGUCGACUUAAUGUCUGCAAUCCAACAAAAAGGAUUCAACGAAAAUAAAGCACAAAGUAUAGUUCAAUACGAUUCCAUUCGUCAACUCUGGCAAUGCAUUUUUACACCACAUCGAGGAGGCGUUCAUGAGGCUCUAAUAUUUGCAGGAAGACCAUCAGAAAAUAAAACAAAUGAUAAAAAUAGCUAUUCUUGUGUAGCUACCUUUGGAUUGCAUGUUCCCGAUGGUUUCAAAGGAGCCAAGACCUUUCCCACAACAUACUCACUAUUCACCCAACGAAAAUGUCAAAUAUUUGAACCUCUGAAUGGCACUUUAAAGAUUGGUUCCAAAGUGCUCAUCCAUUGUCGUAUUCCUGGUGCUCAUUGUGCUCGCGUUCGACUGGGUGGAAAUUGGCUUCCUGAAGAUAUCAUUAAAAACGAUGUAUUUAAGAGACAGAUUACAGUUCCUAGACAAGAAGUCACUAUCUAUGUUCAAUUCUCCGAUAAGCGCAACAGUUCUAGCUAUGAUGGACUAAUCAAGUAUUCUGUACAAUAA